AUGUCCGCCCCCCAGCAAAAGUGGAAGAUCGCCUUUGGCUGCGACGAGGCCGGCGUCGAGUACAAGAACGCGAUCCUCAAGGACUUCCAGGCCGACCCGCGCGUCGAGAGCGUCGUCGACGUCGGCGUCCCCUCCAACGCCGACAAGACGGCCUACCCGCACGUCGCCGUCACCGCCGCGCGCAAGGUGGCCUCGGGCGAGGUCGACCGCGCCCUCCUCAUCUGCGGCACCGGCCUCGGCGUCGCCAUCUCGGCCAACAAGGUCAACGGCGUCCGCGCCGUCACCGCCCACGACUCGUACUCGGUCGAGCGCUCCGUCCUCUCCAACGACGCACAGGUCCUCUGCAUGGGCCAGCGCGUCGUCGGCCUCGAGCUCGCCCGCAAGCUCGCAAAGGAGUGGCUCGGCUACAAGUUUGACCCCUCGAGCGCAUCGGCGCCAAAGGUCCAGGCCAUUUCCUCGUACGAGGGCGCCUCGUCCCAGUAG